AUGAGCCGGAAGUGCUGUGUCGUAUUGAAACUCUCGGCAGUACUAAUAUCCGAGCUGCACCUGAACGCAUCAGCACAGCGCCUGAUUCCAGUAAGUGGAGCUGACGGCCGAUCGGUGCUGCUGCGUCAAGUGACCGCAAACAUGUGAGUUUACUGUUUAAUCCCAACUUUAUCAUCUUUUUUUAAAGCUUUAUCAACAAAGUCAAUGUUAAAAUAAGUCAUUUGUGCAGAAGAAUAACUUUUAAAGUCUUAUCGGGUGUUAUCUUGACCUCUUCUAACUUUCGGUUUCUUUAUGAUUGUUAUUCGCAAAGCCACCUGAAAAUAAAACCAUCAACAACAGAUUUUCAGUCAUUUCUCAGCAAAGGGAAUCAUUAUCAUAUUUGUUUUUAACUUUUAUAGUGCUAUAACAGCGUCUUUAACUCAGGUGUGGAUAUAUAUUCAGUUUGGGAGGAGGUGAAAAUCCAGAUUUGAAGUGCGCGAUAACAUAAAAACAUGAUCAGGAAGUAUUAAUCAUAGACCACAGCGCUUCUGCUCGGUAUGAGGACACAGAUCAGCUUGUCGCACCUGCUGUCAUCAGUCAGACUCAUGAAAUGUUGUUUCCUCAUCAGUCUUAUCAUAUUUACUCAGCAUGGAGAUCCCUAAAGAGGCAGCUGACCCUGCAGCACGCAGCUUUUCCCAGGUGGUGUUCACGGACAUCCCUAAGUCAUACCCACCAGCAACCUCCAUCACCUGCGGCUACACCCUCACUGAGACCUUACAGCCAAAUCCUAGGGACUGGGUGGGGGUUUUUAAGGUAAAUGAGCCUUUUAGAGUCUCAUUAAACAACUUCUUAUACUGUUAUGACUAAUUAUGAGUCAUGCAGUUUUAUUUUACUUAUGACUGAGAAAAUAGAGUGAAUAAAAAAUGUGCUACUCGGUCAGUUUUCACUCAUCCAAUGACCUGAAUAAACACUGGAGAGGAAUCAUAGUUAAUACUGUAACACUGAAAACCCAAGACUGGUCAACUCCUCAUGUUUAUCUCUGAAUUCUUUUACAGGUGGGGUGGAGCACAACAAAAGACUAUCAUACCUUUGUGUGGGUGGAGCCGUGCUUGGAUGUGGUAGGCCAGCAGUCAGUGACACGGCAGGCUAUUUUUAAGGGUAAGAAACCCAGUUUCACUUUUGUACAGGGUGAAGUUUGGUCAUAUUUGUUACGUACACGUCCUGUCAGGGGCUUCUGAAAACUCUGGGUCUGAUGUGUAAACAGUCGAAGCUUUACUUUACACCGCUGACUCUUCAAUCUGUUUUCAUGAGCUGACGUUACGUAAGUCUGAUCCUCUGGCUCAGUGUUGUUGACACAGACUCUCAGGGCCUUCAUAUCUGGGCCAGUCUGAUCCUAAAGUUAGAUACUGUUGUCCACAAAGCUGACGUGUCCAACACAGGGUCAUUAAUUAUAGUUUCUUAUAGAUAAAGAGAUAAGGACAUUUUAUUUACACUUUAUUUUUUAUUAGUUAGACUAGGUUGUAGGGGUUUAUCAAUACAUCAGCUCAGCCUCUAGUUUCGCUUUCACAUACAGUCAAUGUAUCCAGUUGUUUCACAGUAAUUAGAUAAUGGCAAGCUAAUCAGCUCUUUAUUUUAAUUUACUGUAAGGUUUUUGUAUUUUUUAGUGAUGAGAUAUUUUAGAUUUAUUGUUAUUAAACUGCUCAAAGAGGAAUUAAAGCAGCUAGAGAGGUUUUUAAAGCAGCUAUUUGUUCAAAAAUGUAUAUAUUUCUGAACUUAAAGGUUGUUUUGUGAAAACUUGACAGUGUAAUAAAUGCCUGGAUGAAUGAGGAACUGAGAGUUAGUGUAAACAACAGGCUGUUAUGGCUGACACCGCCCCGCUUGAACCAGUUUCAGGGAUUAAAAAUUACAACAUAAGAAUCUUCAGUCUUGUUUGUUUUUGUUCAUCAUGAAUAAAAUCCCUUUUUCAUAAAGGUCAAAAAACUCCUCACAGGAGCUUUAAUAUUGAUCGCUAAUAUUUUAUAAUGAAGUUUAAUUUAAUUUAAAAGAUUUGCACAUUUUACAGACGAAAGAAUUAAUAGAUGUAAGUGAAAAUCUAUCUAUCUAUCUAUCUAUCUAUCUAUCUAUUUAUCUAAAUAAUAACUAAGUGUCUGGUGUCUGGACCAUAUGACCCAACCUACUGAUAAAAAGAGUAAAAAACAGUCACGUUAUUUAGAUGUCUCUUUUUAGUUCUUAUUUUCACCCUGAAGACAGAGUUACAGGACUGUCAGUGACCAUUUCAGUCAAUACCAAAAAUCCAACAAUUUGGCAACGUAUCAAAAGCACAGUGAUAGUCGGAAAGGUGAAUUAAAGGUGCGUGUCUCUCGUUUUGUCAGAUUACUACCUGCCCAAAGAUGAGAUCGAGUUCUAUCAGUUCUGUUACGUGGACAGCAGUGGCCAAGUGCGAGGAGCCAGCACGCCGUUCUGUUUCAGAAACCCGGUGGAGACGAGCCUGGAGAGCAGCCCGGAUGAUGACCUCCUGGUUAUUACAACACAGGUAUCAGAUGUGAAUCACAGAUAUAGACCGUCUGUACGAUGGUAAUAAAUAACUAAAGUAGACCGUGUCAUCUUAAAACCGUGUUUUUGAACUCUAACUCUGGUUACUGAUUUAUUUCUUUUUAUAUCGAAGUCAGAAGACAAAAGUAAAUAAGAGGUUUCAUUGACUUUACGUGUGUUUUUGAACUCAGGAGCAGGUUGAUCAGAGCGUACGAGAGAAAGCUGAACUGCAGAGAGAGCUGGAUCAGAUCAUGGCAGAGAAGGAAACCUUCAAAAACGCUCUCCAGCAGGAACAGCAAGACGCUGCCAAAUUAAAGGUUUCUAAUCUCAUUUAUUUUAAAAACUCAUUAGUUUUGCUGACAGAACAAUAGAUGACCAUUUAAUCAGAUUUUUAACUGGAGUGAUUUAUUCACAGGAGGAGAACGAAGAGAAAGAGAAGGAAAACAGUCGGCUGGUCAGAGAGCUGGAUCAAGUGAAGGAGCAGAAUGAAAACCUGAACAGCAUCCUGCAGCAGCAGCAGAAAGAAACGGAGCAGCUGAAGGUUUGUUUUCAGUCUACGUGUGAAAUCUAAAAAUCUGUUUCAGUGUAAAACUUAAACACUGGUGUUUCAUUCAGGAGGAGAUCGUGACCCUGAAGACAAAACAGACGCAAGAGGACGAGCGGAGUCAAAGUCAGAGAUUAGAGGACGAAACGAAACAGAAAGAGGUGAGAUAAGUUUCACUGUUUGGGAAAAGUGUUUGCAGAAAAUCCACAGAACAGAAAAACAACUGGACCUCUCUUUUUGAGUGUUUUAUGACAUUUUUAAAAAUAUUUUGAAGAAACGAAGAAAAAUUCUUACUGGGAAUCAGGACUGUGUCGAAUUUUCUCCAAGGAAACAUCAGGGUCCUGUUGAAUGUUGAUUAAUUAAAUUAAAGCUAUCUGAUUGGUUCAAAUCUUAAUAUCUGGAUAAGAAAUUGUAGUAGAUCUGGUAAAUCAAUCUUGUUUUGAGUAAGUUUAAGAUCUUUUAUCCUAUUUAAAAAAGUCUAAAAACCUUUAAAAGCUUGGAGGACAAACAAUUUUUUGGGUUUUUCUUUUUCAGAAAUACGACCGCGCUGUGAUGAAGAUCAACCAGCUGAAAGCCGAGCGAGAGGAGCUGAGAGGGACGGUCGAAUCUCAGAGUACAGAGGUCAAAACGUGAGUCAGUUCUUCCUUUUUAAUCAUGUUGAUGUUGAAAGUUUCCCUGAAUACUAAGAGCUGAUUUUCUGAAUUUAAGGCUCAACUCCAAACUCAGAGAACAAGACAGAGAGCUGCUAAAAAUGAAAGACAGCGUCCAACUCCUUCAGGUAAAACUUUUCUGCUGUGUGAAGCUGCAGAGAUGUGAAGACCUCACUGCUAUUUAACUCUGGUUUUGUCAUGUAUUGAGCUACACUGGGGUGGUGGUGGUAUUUCAGAUCAAGUCUUUGUUUUUGAAAUCAGAAAGCUCCAGUCACCAGCUUUCCUUAAGUCAUAACCUCACAGUAGAGAUUUCAUAAUCUGCUCCAUGUGCCAUCAUGAGACCGGGUGUAAAAUCUGCCUGAUCAGAAAUAAGAAUAUUAUGGAGAGGUGGGUGGCAGGGUCGCUAAAAACUCGUGUCCUGUUUCAGAAAUGUUCUUGGUUACCCCAGAAAACCGCAGAAAGGACUUUGAUUAAAGACUAUUUUAUCAAUUAUAAAGUUAAAAAAAACAAAAACUAACGCACACAUCAUUUCGAUUGACUUGAUUUAAUCUUCAUUCUUUUUUUUUUUUAAGUAGAAACUUGUGUUAAUAAAUGACAAACCAAACAAUACAGGUCCUCAGCACGUGUGUCUUACCUGUGCAGGUGGAUCUUCAGAGCGCUGAGACAGAGAAGGGACGCCUCUCUGUGGAGCUGCUGAGACUGCAGACCGCCUUACGCGACAUGGACGACCUGAAGAGAGCGAACGAGGAGUUAACCAUGAAAAUUUCACACCUGGAGGCCAUGAGCUGUCCGGAUGACGACCUGAGGGUAGAAAAAUACUUUAUUUCAAUUCUCAAAAAGGGGUGAAAUUUAUUUUUUCUCCGCUGUACUUACUCUGUGAUUCUUUGUCUUCUUUGAGAUGGAGUAUCAGGCUCUUGCUGAGAAGUUCCAGGACGCUCAGGUGAAGCUGGUGGUUGAGAAGGAAGAGUCCAAAGCUGCAAAGAGACAAGCCGAGUUUCUGGACCGUGAGCUGAGGGACAUCAAAGAACAGCUGAUGAAAGCGGUGUGUUUACGUGAAGAGGCGGAGCAGAGAACCGGCAAACAUGAGGUAAAGUCCAGGAACCAAAACAUAAUAUUCAGAUAACCUUACCUUUGUGUGUAAGGUGGAUAAAUCAGGUUGUGAAAACUGUGGCUUUAUUUUCCAGCUGAAUCUGAAAGAGAUGAACGAGCUGAUCGCAGAGAGAGACACCAUCAUCGAGGAGAAAGAAGACAUGAUCAGGCUGGAGAGACAGGAGAAAGAGUGGCUGGCCAGAGAAAACGAGGUACAUCAAUGAACAACCUCUCCGUUCAGAAAGUCUCUCUUUGAGUUCAGACACUUUUAUUUAUUUUUAUUUCUGUCAGACUCUCAACAGAGACAUCGAGGGGCUGCGCAGACUCAACGCCGACCUCCAAGCAGCUUCGCCCGCUGACCAAACACACAGUCAGCCCGACCCCACACCGCCGCCACGCACUGCCUCAGCCACACCUGAAAGGCAACAGCUGGAGAUCCCUGAGCAAGAGGAGCCGCAGUACGAGAGCAUCGGUGAGAGAGUCACACAAGCAAACGAGGGAUUCAUGUUUGAGAAAUCUGUUCAAACUGACAAAAUACUUGGAUCUCUGCAGCGACAAACGAGUUUAAAUAUUCAUUUGGGGGAAAAUUAUGAUUCAGACAGUUAGAACCUCAAACUUUACUAAAAUUCUUUAUCAGUAGGACUGCUAUCGUGAAAUUAAAGUGUUUGACAUGUUGCCUUAAUACAUCCUUACCUCUUUAGAUGACAUAUCAUGUGAUUGGGAGCUGAAUCCACAUCACACGGUCAUUCCUCGUGUCUGUAAAUAAAUGAGUCAUUUCUAAAAAACCGUCUCAGGAGUUAUGUAAAUGAAUGAAACCAUCAGCUGCAGCUUUUAAAUAAACUAAUGAGGAAUGUUUGUGCCGUUUCACGCUAACCCGUGUCCUCUUGUCUUGCAGGGUGCGUUGCAGAUCCAGAGGAAGAGGUGAGUCAAACCAGAGUGGGCAGAGUUAGUCCAGGACUGUUGUCAAAUUAAUCUAUAUAUAGUCUUAAAGAGUUCAUUGACAUUCAUAAACAUAUAAAAAUAGAUGUAACGAUAAACACAGCAUCCCACGUAAACCUGAAACUUCCUACGAUCUGACAGGAAAAACUUCAUACUGUUACGAGUGAAUUAGGAACUUUGAACAAUUUCAGGGUCAGGGGGAAAUUUACUCAAAUCUUCCAGGAACACGUGUCUGCAAACAGAUUUAUAUUUCUCCUAAAUUAGAAUAUGCUUUGUGAUAAUGUCGUUUGUUUUGGCAAUUAUACAAUCCUACAGAAAGCUGUUUUUUUGUAAGUCUGGGGAAAGUGCAGCAAAGAAAUCGCUCAUUUUAAAGUGUCCCAGGUGUUUAAAAUAAGAUAGAUGAAAAUCUUAAUUUGGUGUUUUUGCCAGAAUGAUCUGCUGCUAAUACAUCCCUGUGUCCUGGAGUGAGCCAAAUCUCAUCCAGGAAAACAUUCAAUUCUCCUCAAUCAGAGUGACAAGUUCCUGACUCUGGGAAUAAACUGUUAUUGAAAAUGUAAACUCAGGCCCAGGUGUAAACCCCUAAAUCCUGUCUCUCUCUCUCUCUCUCUCUCUCUCUCUCUGUCUCUCUCUCUCUCUCUCGCACAUGUUCUGAAAGUGCUUCGUCUGUUUACAGUUUAUUUUUCGCAGCGGACUUAAAACAUAAUCCAGCCCGUCUUCUGUUACCUCCUCUAAUGUUCUCUCUCUCUCUCUCUCUCUCUAUUUCUGCGUCGCGGCAGGCGCUGGUGUGUCGACACUGCCAGGAAAGCUUCCCUGGAAUAACCCAAGAGGAACUGGAGCAGCACGAGCAGAGUCACCGAGUUUGUCCGUUCUGCACGAUGAUCUGUGACAACAUGGAGCAGUCUGUGUUUGAGGAUCACGUCUACGGUCACGAGCUGUGAGGAAAACACCGGGUUAAAUACAGCCUGCAGGGUAUCAUGUAUAUGUCAGAAGGAGAAUAUUGACUUACAUGCUGGGUGGUCAGGUGUGUAACCACCGUACACACAAACUUGUAAACGUUUCCCAAAGCAUACUGAAGUUUUGUUGAUUUCUCACCUUAGAGUCGGUAAUGGGUCCGUUGUGCGGGACGAAUCAGCUGUCAGAGACCUGAAACCAUCCAGAGUUAUGCAAUCCAUCACCGUGAACAUGAUGUCCCGGUUUAUUUUGGUCUUAUGUUGUCAUGUCAGUGAACGGGGUUUGUUUUAGAUAUCCACAUAACUAGGAUGGCUCUCAUUUGACUUGUUUACAUUCUUCGACUCACAGCUGAAAGUACUCCCCCCUUUUUUUUCACUCGUCUGGCGUUAAAAUAUACCAAAAAGUAAAGGCGAUUUGUACAACAUACAUCUAUUUUAUAAAAAAACAAAUGACGUCUGCAUCACCCUGCUCCUAUCCAAUCAUUAUCCUCAUUUAUCCAACAUUUGAGACGAGUAAGCCUCAUUUUAAGCCCAGAAAAGCAUCACAUAAGGCGCCGCUGGUAACGUAUUUUAGGCGCUACUAUGAACGGCUAUAAUACAGAGAGGAGAGAAAAGGGUUAAUAGCAUCGGGGAGGAAGUCCUGGUAUGCCGGCAAAGUCCCAGUGCACCAAGGGGUCAAAUUUAGAGUUGGCAGAAGUGUUUGUACCCAAUCAGAGACCUUUAGAGUUUCUGCUCUGAAAGGCAAAGAGCAAAAAAGGCCAAAGUUCUCAGUGUCUAAAAACUGGCUGCUGAGUUUACAUGUCAGCGAAUUUCAGAUUGAUUGAUUUUGGAUGGUUGCACCCAGAGAAAAGUCAAGUGAAACCCUUUCCUCUGUAUUCUGGCACUAUAACAACCUUUUUUAUUACAAUCUUAAUCAAAUCAGACACUUGAGGAGUGCAGAUCAUCACACAGUUUAACGUCCAGAAUUUUGUAAACGCACUGGGUGUGUCUGACGGGUCAUGAGGACAAAUAACAGCCCCGCACAUCCGACAUCCUCUUUCCUUCCUGACAAAGUGAAAGUCAAAGCUGUGGAACAAUGGAGACUGAUUUGAGUACAAACUUUAGAGGAUGGUCAGUAAAAACUGUUGAGAAUAAACCACCAAAACUAUAAAAAGUUAUAUUUACAAAAUCACUAAUGUUUGGAGGAGUUGCUCUGCCCUCCUUUAGGAAUCUGACUGGCCACCUUUAGCACUUCUCUGAAUCCUCAACUAUGAUUGGCUGUGAGCUGAGUGACGAUUUAGGAUGUGUUAAGAGGUAGGAUGCAGAUUUCUUUGUCUUAAAUGCAGCACAUUUUCUUUUCUUGGUGUCAAGUAUCUUUUUUUUCAGUCCAUAAAGAGUUUAAUUAAGAAGACAUGUGCCUCACCACUCUUCAAAAAGUUGGGUGUGAUUAACUUUACACUCUCAACGACCCCUCUCUGAGUCAUUAACCCCUGAAUCAUAACAUUUUGGACACACCCCUGCUAAAAAACAGAAAAAAAGACUCAAAAGUCUGAACACCUGUUUCCCUCCUGGCUUAUCCUGAGCUGAAAUCACAAACUAGAGAAGGAAACUGAGAUCGUCUGAAUGUCAACUUCUGGUUGGAUAUUUUGGACAAAUUUCAGUCAGUGUUAAAGCGCAUUGAUCUUACCCAGCCUUUGUAAAAACAUUUAUUGGACUAAUUAAAUAAAAACAACAUGAUAUUCACUUUUAAGACUAGCAGAAAUAAGACCAUUUUAUUUCAUUUUAAAGGUCUUUGCUCUUUAGUUUAAAACAAGGACCUCUUAAAAACUUUGGUAUGCUUUGGAAAAUGAACAGCUGGGAGUUUGGUGUAUGGUCAUGAAUGAAGUCAAACAUUGUGAUGGAUAUAAUAAUCCUAAUUUGAUAUAUAUUAUGUUACUUUAACGUUAAAUUUCUUAGCCCCUGUAGGCAAACCAAGUAAUGACAAUCUAAGUGAUAAUUUACCUGAUUUUCCUCUAGUUUUACUGUGUAUAUAAUUGUUCAUCAAGUAACCAAAGACACCAUGUCUACUAACAAUUAAAAUUCAGUGUAAUAGCAUUAAUAAUCUUGCUGGUUCAAAGAAGCCCUUAAACUGGUGAAAUAUAGCAGGUCGAGUCUCUUCUGUGCGGGAACACCUCAUAUUAAAGUUUGUUGACUUUGUGGGUGGAUGCUGUCAACUUUUACAUGUAUGUUGUAUCACAAUUAACAAUAAAUCUCAACAUUUUGAAGAAUAAA